AUGUUUCUCUCCCAUGCGCACAGAGUUAGCCUAGCAUCUCGACUUCAAUUUUCGAACAUGCCAGGGCCCAUUUGGAACCAAACUCCCGCUCAUUGGGGAAACAUCGACGAGAAUGGCGAAUCUAUCCUUGAAGAAUACAUCCUUGGCUACCCGAGCAAGCAAGAGCAAGAGAAUCGUAGGCGACGCCCGGCAUCCACCACGGAACCUGUCGGGUGCAGGGGAUGCCACAAGAUCUUCAGAACCCAGCGCGAACUAGCUAAACACUUCAGGUCCACUCUUUGUGGCCACUAUCGUAGCGCCAAUAUCUCAUCUACGCCUCGAGGGUCUAAGACAAUUUCGCAUCAAAGCGAUCAUCAGAAGCCGGUCUUUGAUUGGCAGUGCAGGCGUUGUGGAUCUCGUUUACAUAGUCACUCCGCAGCUCUUCAUCACAUAGCCCAGAAGUGCCGGAAGUCUUGUAAUGAGUGCAAAGCUUCCGGUCGUGCAGACAGCUGCAGGGCGCGAUCGAAAUCAGGACCUUGCGAUCGUUGUGUACGGUAUAGAAUCGAGUGUUCCAAGCAAACCGCGCCUGUCGAGAGUUCCAGUCCAGUCAUGGCUAGACAGCCCAGCACCAUCUCUCGGUCAUCGGAGGCGAAGACCUCCAAGAAGCGCAAGGCAGUGGAUCAGCCUCAGUUGGGCCGGAAUCAACAAGAAUCAAAGAGAAUCCGCGAAAGCAUCUCCAGUGGCGAAAGUUCACGGAAGGCAGCCACACUUCCUCAAGCACCGAACUCAACAGUGCCCCAAAAGCCUAGGAUCGUUGAUCAAGCAGGCCUUCUUGAGAACAUGGGACCGUCAAGGAGAGUCGAGCCUGAACACUACAAUCGGCAAGUCCAAGCUCAUGACUCCACACCUCCAUCCUUCUACCUAAACCCAGUCCACAAGGAGCCUCCAUCAGCAUCUACACCAGUCACAAACAGCUCGGUCCACAAAACUCCAAUCGAAGCCAAUAUUAUGUCACCAUACGGCGCCAUCCCCGACAAAUUCAAAAUGCCUUCGACAAUGAAUACACCGGAGCCGUCACCAAACCAAUACGCAUUCCCAGGACCUUCAACUGCCCUUCCGGUGAUUUAUUUCCCAGUCUAUCCCUGGCAUGUGGCUCCCCAACAGCCACCCGUCCAGGAUCGUCAAGAUUCUUCGGUGCAAACUUCCGGCGAGAAAGGUGCAGAUACAAGCGUCAAUGGUGCGGCCAAUAUGCCCCACGAACUACGCAACGAGCAUUCGAUCGACCAUAGCGAGUUUCCAGACUUUACUCCAGAAGAUUUGGGGAUAGAACAUCUAUUUAGUGGACAGCCUUGA